UACUUCUACAAUUUGUUUUUUAUUUUUUUAUUUUAUAUUUUUUUUUAUAAGAAAAAAUACUUUAAAACAAUAAAUUUACAUUAACAUCCUGCAAUAUUACAUUCAUACUUCAAAUGAUGGUUUCAUGUGUCUUGUGCAAAUUUUGUUUCAGUUACAUUAACAAUGUGCUAGAGCCAAACUCUUUAAUUUUUGGUUGCUUGUCAGAUUCUUCCUUUACUACGGAAAGGGUGGCCCUUGGCACUACCACAUGACGAGAUUGUAAUGGUUCAAGUAAAGGUAUAUGUACUGAACAUGAAAAAAAAGUCGCUUAUGGAUGAAAUUAACCAAAUGUAUGCAGAAGCUUUCACUGGUGAUUUUGCCGGAUAACAGAAACCGAGACAACAAAAGCAUCAAGCUAUCUGAGUUCUUUAUUUUUAUGGCGCUGAUUAUUGUCCUGCCCUUUUCGAACUAGCUUCAAUGGAUAAAGAGAUUGAAAGGCUUGAAGCAGAAGUAGAUGCAGUGACAAAGGAAUUAGAGACACUAACAAUAAGGUUGGAUGAACUUAAAGAGAGACCACCACAACAUCUAGGUAACUAUCAAAUUGGAAGUAUACCUUCACUGGGCACAAAGUCAUCUGUGACUAUUCGUGAUGACUCUGAUGAGAUUAUUGAAGAAGACUGCACUGUGGAAAGUAUGAAAAAGAAUGAAGACAAAGAUGUGGGCACAAAAUCAUAUGUGACUAUUCUUGGUAGCUCUGAUGAGGUGGUUGAGGAAUUCUGCAGUGUGAAAAGUACGAAAAAGGAUGAAGAUGAAGAUGUGGAAAUUGAUGGCACAUUUUCCACCCUUUCUAAGCUAGAUGAAGAGAUAGCGGCAAUAAAAAUAAUGUUAGAGACACUACCAGCAAAGUUAGAGGCACUCGAAAAGAAACGUGCACAUUAUGUCUCACAUCUCGAGCUCAAAUGAUAAGUCUUUGACUGGGGUUCAGUAUGGAGUCACCAUGCUUGGGUAUUUGCUGUGACGUUAGAUAUGGGGGCAUGUUUUCAUGUUUUAGAUAUGGGGCAGGUUGGUAGAUAUAUUAAUUGGAGAGAGAAUUCAUGUGGUUAACCCUAUUCAUAUAUAAUUAAGGUAAGGAUGAUGACGAUGGUAGAUGAUGAUAGCAUUGUGGACCUAUAGUACCAUCUUGAAUUGGGAAUUGUCCCUUUGUGUUUUGAUGCUUGUUCAAAGUUUAUGUUUGAAAUCAAAGGUUCAAUAUAAUGAUAUAUAUGUUAUCUUUUCCUAUU